GGUAUUAAUCCAUGGCAAACAAAAUACCGUGUCUGGGCUGAAUGUUUACCUCCGAAUGAAAGGGAAGGAGCUGAACUGCAGUGUGCUGGACCAUGUAACGUGGCAGAGAGGUUGCAAUGGAGGGGACAGUAGUGACGGCAGGACCGGAGAAGCCACAGAAGCGGGUGAGGUUCCGUGUGGCUUCGGGGAACAGUGGCCGGGUCCUGAAGGAGAUGUUCAAAGAUGAGGGGCCCUCAGACUCCCUGGAUUCUGAUUGCACCAGCAGCUCAGACGCCGAGCGGGCCAGCACCCCUUCUACAGCUGGAGACUUUCAGGGAAACCUGUACGGAUUCCUGGGCUCGGAGCUGGACGACAGCGAGAGUGAGCCUGAUGAGCUGCUCAUGUACGCCGGGGCCACCAAGGACUGGAUGUUCACCACCAAGAGGGUCAACAUUCUCAGCAAAAACGGGACAGUUCGAGGGGUCAAACACAAAGUCAGCGCAGGUCAGGCGCUCUUUGAGAACCUUCCUGACGGUGUGCAUUUACCACUCGAGUUUGGACGCAUAGUGAUCUACACCACAAGUUUCCGUGUGGUGAGGACCACUUUUGAGCGCUGCGAGCUGGUCAGGAAGAUCUUCCAAAACCACAGGGUGAAGUUUGUGGAGAAGAACAUCGCCUUGGACAACGAGUACGGGAAAGUUUUGGAGGAGCGGUGCAGACGUGUCGGUGAAGCCCCCUCCCUGCCAGUCGUGUUCAUUGACGGACACUACUUUGGGGGUGCUGAGAAAAUACUUGGCAUGAACGAAUCAGGAGAGCUGCAAGAUCUACUGACAAAAAUCGAGAGGGUUCAGCAUCCCCAGACGUGCCAGACCUGCGGAGGCUUCGCCUUCAUCCCGUGCUCAAUGUGCCAUGGCAGCAAGAUGUCCGUGUUCCGCAACUGCUUUACGGACUCCUUCAAAGCCCUAAAGUGCACUUCCUGCAACGAGAACGGCCUGCAGCCCUGUGCUAGCUGCACCUAGUGAAGACGGUGUGAUGCCUGGUGGGACCAAACAUCCCACUUCAGGACAAAAAACAGGAACCUGAAAUGGACAGCAACACGGCCAGUAAAACACAACACAGCAGGAUUCUUUCUCCAUGGCCAUUAUUAUUGUGAAAACUGGGAUUUCUAAUAAAAUCUGCAAAUUUUCCGAUUGUCUCCGUGUCAGUUGGAUUUCCCUGAAGCAUAUUUGAUUUGCAAAAAAAA